GACGUCUUAUCUUACAAAUGUCAAACAAAAUUUUUGUACCAUCGUAAACAAAUAAAUCGAACCCUAAAACAAACUUGAAAUAUUUUAUUUAAAGUUAAAACAUUUCCAAGGCACCUUUAGCAGCAUGGAAACUACAUCUUCAACAUUAGAUAAAUUUGGGGAAGAUGACAUCUUCAAUACAGUAUUACGCUAUGGUCUUUUUGUAGCAGCAAUUUUCCAACUUAUUUGCAUUGCAUCAUCGAUUUUCCUUCCCACCUCCCAAGAAUCUCAAGAAACCGAUGGCGAAAUUGGUGAAGAACAAAAACAAUCAACAGAUAUAAUAAAUGCCGCUCGAAGGCAACACAAAAUCCGAAAGCUUGAAAAAAAGAAAAGGCGUUAGAGAUUUUGGAAUUAAUUCAACGAAAAACAAAAUACUCGUAAAAAAUCAAAACAGAUUUUUGCAUUUAUUGUGAUUUUAAUACUUAAUUUAGAAAUUAAAACAAAAAAUAAUCUAAACCAAACAUGAAAA